AUGCCGUACGGCCCACAGAAGCCAGUUGACUUCACUAUCUUCUCUCAGAACGGCCUCGGCCAGCUCAAGCGCUUCCCUCGAGAGAUCAGAAACAUGAUUUACAGCUCAAUCAUUCCUACACUUAUGGUGCAUGACCUCGAAGACACUGCGAUCCAUCCUUGUAUUGUGCGUGAGCUGGUCAACGCUCCACUCCUGGCUACCAGCAAGCAACUUUGUGUCGAGUUCCUCGAGGUCUUCAUUCGGGAAGUGAACUUGGAAGCAUUUGACGGACGCUACUCAUGCCCACAUGAACCGUACCUUAAUGUUCUUCAGACCACACAUCCUGAACAGAUGCACAGAUGCAAGUUCAAGAGAUGUAAGUUCAAGGUAUUCGUCAGAGAUUUUGACUCCCUUGAGAAGCUUUUGGCGUUUGUCCACGCCCGCAUCAACUAUGCCUUUAGCAACAAAAGAGUAGGGCUCAGGAUCAACACGCUCUACCUCCGUUCAGACUUCAUGAUAGAUGUGGCCAGGUACAGUGUUGAUACACUCUCCAAUCUCCAUAGAACACUGCAACGCCUCUGGGAUAUCCACGAAAGAUACAGCGUUCCAUCCGAUCAGAUCUACAUCAACAUUGACUACUGGGAACCGAGCGAGUUGAUCGAGUCCAAAGUCCCUAACAACCAGCCUUUCGCGCUUCUUCCUUUCCAUUUCUGGAUCUACAAGCUUGAGCGAAUCUCGGCAGUGGUCAUACUUUCCGAUGAGGAAGCCUCCGUCCAAGCGAUGAUUGACAUGAAGACAAAGAUCAAAGACCAGCUUUCAGCCUACAAAGCCNNAAAAAAGCUGCGUGAAUUCCAGGACUUUUACUCUGCAGAGGAUGACUGCCUAGCUAUGGAAAGAUACCUGGACCAGAUCAUCGAGAAGUACUACAAGGAGUGGCCUAUUCCAGCAAUGUUGGAAUUCCACAACGAAAUGGCCAAGACGGCUACCAACUUCUGGAAGGCCAAGAAGAAGCAGCAAUGUGUCUGA